GACCUCUGCGUCAUCGUUGACUGAGAAUCAGCUGAUCCCGUCUAUAUUCUCCUGCUCUGUCACGAUCGACCUCUUUCAAUUUAUUUUCUGCGUGUUUUUAAAUCUUUAGUUUGUUUCAAGCACAUUUAUAAAUCUUCCUGCGACGCAGACCUCUGCCCGUCACGAGCUUUCUUUCUCGGGGGAGUUUAAAACCGUCUUAAAGCAGCAGUCAUGGCGCUGAGCGAUGCCGACGUCCAGAAGCAGAUCAAGCACAUGAUGGCUUUCAUUGAGCAGGAGGCCAAUGAAAAAGCAGAGGAGAUUGACGCAAAGGCAGAAGAAGAGUUCAACAUUGAAAAGGGUCGGUUAGUUCAGACCCAGCGUCUGAAGAUCAUGGAGUAUUAUGAGAAGAAAGAAAAACAGAUCGAACAGCAGAAGAAAAUUCAAAUGUCCAAUCUCAUGAACCAAGCCAGGUUAAAGGUGCUGAAGGCCCGUGACGACAUGAUCUCGGAUUUACUAAAUGAGGCACGUCAGCGCCUUGCCAAUGUUGCCAGAGAUCCUUCCAGAUACACGGCUUUGUUAGACGGACUCAUCCUGCAGGGAUUCUACCAACUCCUGGAACCCAAGGUGACCAUCCGCUGUCGUAAACAGGACAUGGGUAUAGUGCAGGCUGCUGUGCAGAAAAACAUCCCGAUCUACAAAGCCGCAGUGAAGGACAAUCUGGAAGUGCGCAUUGACAAGGACAACUUCCUCUCUCCUGAAAUAUCUGGUGGUAUUGAGAUGUACAAUGCUGAUGGGAAAAUCAAGGUGUCCAACACUCUGGAGACUAGACUGGAUCUUUUGGCACAACAGAUGAUGCCUGAAAUCCGAGUUGUCCUGUUUGGCGCAAACCAGAACCGCAAGUUCAUGGACUGAUUCACAGAAGAUGCUUUUGGAACCACGGCUAAAUGCCAUUAUUUGAUGUUGUACUUUUUAUUUUAUUCUGAUGUUAAAAUUUUCCAUUCCUGUGUCUCUCGAUAUUUAAGAAAAUAUCAUGUGUAUGUAUGUGUGUGUAUGUAUGUGUUGAUUCAGUAUUGCUGUAAAGAGGACCAAUCUAAUGUUUUGUUUGGCUGCUGAAACUCUGGUCCUGAACAUCUCAUUGGCUGCAGCUGUAAUAUAACAGUUCUGUUUACAGAAGAGCUUCUGAGCACAGUCUUGUACGGAUAUAGAAAUUCCAUUGUUUACUUGUUUCAGUUGAAUUUUUUUGUUAUCCCUUCCUGUGGUGCAGAGCAUGACCUGUAUAUCAGAACCAUACGUGUGUGUUAUCGCUGCAAAUACUAUAUUGAUGUGGAAAUGUGUAUAAUGAAAAACAUUAUCAAUCCCA